AUGAUUAAUCAUUACUUAUAUUAUUUUAUCUUCUUCUUUUCAUUCAUUUCAUCACUUCUAUUUCUUUAUUCUCUUUUAUUAUUUUUUUAUUUUUUUAUUUAUUUGUUAUUUAGAAUAAUUUAUUUUUCCCUUUUAUCUCUUUUAUUAUUCUUUCUUUAUUUCUUUUUAUUUUCUUUCUUAUUUCUUUUCUUAUUUUUUCUAUCUUUUCUUUUUCUUUUAUUCUUAUUUUUUAUUUUCUUUCAUUUUUUAUUUUUAUCUUUUUAUUUCAGAUUAGAAUAUUACACAUUACACAUACCAUAUGCAUUCAUAAUUUAUUAUGUUUUAAAUUCACCUAUUUAUUGUCUUGUUAUGAUAUUACUAUUGAUUAUAAGAUGUUUUAAUUAA